AUGGCGGGGGAGGCAGGAGGAAAGGGUGCGGCCGUGGCGAAGAAAACACCAUCUACCCCUUCGGCGCCGGUGGCUACACCACUGACAAAGAAGGAUGGGGGAUCAGCUAGCGGGGGAUCUGGCAAGUCCCCGGCAGAGAGCAAGACGCCAGAUCCGGCGGCAAGCCUUUCGGCAAGGUUGGGCGGCAUGGUGCUUAUGGACAAGGAAGUGGAGGGCUUUAUCUUCGAUGAUCCAAAUCCUGCUGUCCGUAAAUCUCAUCGCUGGUCCGCGAUAGGUAAGGUGUGCUCACCCCGGCCGAUGAAGAUGUCUGCUAUGGAAAAAGCUAUGCCUAGGGCUUGGGGUUUACACAAGGAGGCUAAGUUUGCAGAGAUCGGUCCAAAUAUUUUUGAAGUCCAGUUCGGCUCAGAGGGAGACUGGAGACAUGUGCUGCAUAAUGGACCGUGGCAAUUUGACUUCAGUGUUCUGGUGAUGAAGGAUUAUGAGGGUGACAAGAGGCCUUCAGAGAUGAUUUUUGACAAGAUUGACGUAUGGGUGAGGGUUACGGAUCUGCCACCUGACAGAAGGACUGAAGCAUUUGGUAGAGCUCUUGGAAAUUGGCUAGGUGAGAUUGUUUGGGUUGAUGUUGACAAAGAACGAUUAGCCAGAGAACAGCACUUGAGGGUGAGAGCAAAAAUCUCUGUUUAUGAGCCUUUGGUUAGAGGAUUUUAUUUGAGGACAAAGAGAGAAGAUAAGGAGAAGACAUGGUUUGAUUUCCACUAUGAGAAGGUUCCACACUUCUGUUUUGAUUGUGGGAGGCUGGUCCAUGUUGAAGGGGAGUGUGAUCCUCCGGUGGACUCCUCUAUGUAG